GUUAUGAGACCUCCAGAAAGCAGCCAGCCAUUUCUCCUUUUCUUAAGCCCAACCAUGCCAUCUACUGCCAACCUCUGUAGCACGUCUAGUCCACGAGAAAGCAUCGAACUUGAAGUCCUGCCUGCAACGCCACCCCUUGAAGUAAGCGUUUGACCAAAUCUUUCCAAAUGAUUUCUUUCUUUUCCUCUCUCUCUCUUUCUCUCUGCAGUUCAAGCCAUCGCUCAUAAGCCAAGAUAAAUAAAUCUUAUACCAAAAAAAAAAAAGAUAAAUAAAUCCAAAGCAAAAUCUAAAGCUGGACAUGGGGGGUAGCCCUGAUCUUGAUCUGUUAAGGUUUCUUGUCUUGAUAUUACUCUGUCGCGCACACACCUAUGCAGUCGCAGAAACCACCACCAGUACAGCAGCAACAUGUCCCAUGGACUUCAGCUAUGUCUUAAGAAUCCCAUGGAACAGGAGUCUUUGUCAGAACUUCCAACCUCCUGAUGAAAAUGACAAUACCAACACCACUAGCAAGCCCCAAUGUUGUCAAAGUUUACUGUCCCUCUUUGGGGUCGCGAUAGCCCAACAUCUCAAGGAAACCUCUCUUUUUCGUCUCCCAAACUUAGCCACCUCUAAUUCUUGCCUCCGAGAUUACCAGUCAAAGCUCAACUCUUUUUCUCUUGCCAACAAUCUCGUCUCAUACUGCCUGGACCCUUUACAGUUUGUAACAAAACCAAACAUCUGUGCCCGUAUAGAGUCAUUACAAGAUUGGGUUGCUCGACUUGGUAAGUCAACUUCGCUUGAUACAGCUUGCAAGUCUGAUCUCACUGAUAAUACAGCUUGUGAUGGAUGUGUUAGAGCUGGUUAUAAAGUACAGUCCAUGUUGUUGUCUAUUGAUGGUAAUCAAACCCAUGCUACAAAUUGUUUUUACUUUGCAAUUCUUUAUGCUGCUGGUAUUGUUAAUGAGUUUGGUCCUGAAAGUGAUGGUGCUGUUUCAUGUAUAUUGGGUUUGGAGUUAAAUUCACGUGUUGGUUCAGCUAGUAAGGCUCAUUCUGCUCUUGUAUUUGGCUUAACUGGUGCCGGUGUUGCUCUUUUGGUAAUGUUUAGUUUGUUAGGAUUGUAUUUUUGGUAUGAUAAGAAAUGGAGAAGGAAAAAGAAUUCAGGGUUUGGUUUUGAUUUAGAUGAACAGCAAGGGUCUAGGCCUAAACUGAGGCCGAAUACAGGGUCAAUUUGGUUUAAAAUUCAGGAUCUUGAGAAGGCAACAGAUAAUUUUUCGCAGAAGAAUUUUAUAGGGAGAGGUGGGUUUGGUUUUGUUUACAAGGGGACUUUAUCUGAUGGGACAGUGGUGGCUAUUAAAAGGGUUAUAGAAUCUGAUUUUCAGGGUGCUGCGGAGUUUUGCAAUGAGGUUGAGAUUAUUAGCAACUUGAAGCACAGGAAUUUGGUCCCACUCAGAGGGUGUUGUGUGAUUGAUGAUGAUGAUGAUGAUGGAAAUAAUGAUGAGAGAGGGAAUCAAAGGUAUCUUGUUUAUGAUUACAUGUCAAAUGGAAAUCUCGAUGACCAUCUAUUUCCAUCAUCAGGUAAUCAAAUUGGAAAGCAACCUUUAAGUUGGCCUCAAAGAAAGAGCAUAAUUUUGGAUGUGGCAAAGGGAUUAGCUUAUUUGCACUAUGGAGUGAAGCCUGCAAUAUAUCAUAGAGAUAUCAAGGGGACCAAUAUAUUGUUAGAUGCUGAUAUGAGAGCAAGAGUUGCCGAUUUUGGGUUGGUAAAGCAGAGUAAGGAAGGACAAUCUCAUCUUACUACAAGAGUGGCUGGAACUCAUGGGUACUUAGCACCCGAAUAUGCUCUUUAUGGUCAAUUGACUGAGAAGAGCGAUGUUUAUAGCUUUGGAGUGGUUGUUUUGGAGAUAAUGUGUGGGAGAAAAGCUCUUGAUUUGUCUUCAGGGGGUUCACCUCGUGCUCUCUUGAUCACCGACUGGGUCUGGUCGUUGGUGAAAGCUGGAAAAGUGGAAGAGGCUUUGGAUGCUUCUUUGUUGAGAUGUGGGGAUUCUUCUAAUUCAAAUCCGAAAGGGAUAAUGGAGAGGUUUGUGCUGGUUGGGAUUUUGUGUGCUCAUGUAAUGGUGGCUCUAAGGCCAACCAUUCUUGUUGCGUUGAAAAUGUUAGAGGGAGAUAUUGAAGUUCCACCAAUUCCAGAUCGACCAAUGCCUCUUGGGCAUCCUUCGUUCCAUGCUGAUGGCAAUAACUUCAGCAUCUCACCAGCAUUGAGUGGGGACCAAUUACUUUCUGGAGACAUGCUUAGGUAAGCACUAAUGUCCUUAAAUGCCAUUUUUGUGCAUUACCUAAUGGAUCUUGAGAGGUGGAAGUAUGCAUGUAGCAGGCCUCUUUCAAGAGUUAACCUCCAUUUCCAGGAAUGAGUGGUAAAGAAGAUGCAUCUAAAAUAUGUUGAGCCAUUAAACGGUAUGGUCACUCUGUGGAGGUUAAUUCCUGAGCAUGUCAAGCUAGGACUUGAGAGCUUACGGUAUUAUUGGUUGUGGCAGAAUUUAGUCAGACUUACCAACACUGAUGCUUUGAUGUUCUGAAGCACCCAAAUUUUGGCAAGGAUCGGUAAAGUAUACGUAGUAUAAUUUUGAAGAUGUACAUGAAUAUACAAUAUUUUUUUGUUUAACCUGCUACUUUGGAUGAAAUCAUUGCCUUAAAGUAUCAGUUUGAUUGUAUAAGAUUGAACGGAUAGGCAAUAGGAUUGGAAUUUUGACAA